AUGUUCGGAUUGCUCGUUUUUGCAUGUUCCGCGGUCCUUGUCACCCUUUCGCUCAUCGUUUUACCCAUUGUUCACUAUCUUCGGGAUGCCAAGGGCCUUCGAAAAUAUCCGCAGUUAUCGAUUUGGUCCGGCAUCUCUGAUAUACCCUUCAUCAUCGAAGCCCACAGAGGCUUUAGGUCUCGACGUCUCAACGAACUUCACAAAGAGUACCCCGUGGUCAGAAUUGGUCCGAACUCGCUGUCAUACGCUAGCCACCGCGCCAUCAAAGAUAUCUACGGGUUCAACUCGACAUGUACAAAAGACGACAUGUACGAUGUACUCUCAGGCACCCACCGCCACCUCGCCGACGUGACAGAUAAGAAAGAGCAUGCUCGCAAGCGCAAGACUCUUUCGAGCGCAUACGCCAUCAAAAACCUCGAGAAUUGGGAAUACAAAGUAGCCCGUAUGACCGAGAGAAUGAUCGAAGCGUUUGACCGGCGGUGCACCGAGCCCCUGAAAAUGAGAGAGUCUCCUAGGAUGGAAGACCUCAAUGUGGAAUUCUGGUCGUGGGCCAAUUACUUCACCGUGUCCGCCAUUGCUAAUAUCGGACUGAGCGAAGAGCUGGGCUUCCUGGAGAAGGAAAACGAUCUGAUCACCUCUGAGCGCCCGGACGGGACGACCAAGACCGUAUCCUUCAAAGAAUGUCUCGACGCGACGCUCUGGGUAGAUUCGAAUCUCGUGUGGUCGUACAAAUGGUAUCACACAGCUGUCCGUCUGGCCGAUCUCUUCUCUGCAACCUACCGGAAGAAACUCCAACACAAAAGAGACUGGGAUGGCAUCGUGUGGAAUCGAGCCACAGCUCGUCUGAAACGCCAUCAAAGAGGUGAACAGCUGGACGAUUUCUUCACAGCCUUGAUGCACGACAAGGGCGGCAACCCCAACCAUCUCGAAUGGGGGGAGAUUGUGGCGGAAAUCAGCAUCAUGAUGAAUGCAGGAUCCGACACGACCGCCAUCGCCCUCAACAAUGUCAUCUACUUCUUGUUGAAAAACCCUAGGUGUUUGGCGACCCUGAGACGAGAAGUCGAUGCGAAUCUCGACGAGAACGAUGUCGUUGCCCCCUACGACAAGGUCAAGCAUCUACCGUAUCUGCGUGCGUGCUUGGACGAGUCUCUCCGGAUCAUGCCCCCGAACAGCUUUGGGCUCCCCCGUCGAACGCCCCCGGAAGGUGCCAUGAUCCUCGGCGAGUGGGUCCCGGGCAACACCACGGUGUCUAUCUCGACAUUCGUUGCACACAGGGACCCCGUCGUCUUUCCCAAUCCGGAGCAAUUCAUUCCCGAGCGCUGGCUGGGUGAGGCUGGGAAAGAGCUGCAGCCCUACUUUAUCGCGUUUUCGGCGGGAUCACGGGGCUGCAUCGGUCGCAACAUCAGCUAUUUGGAGCAAUACGUCGCCCUGGCCAGCUUGCUGCACCGUUUCGAAUUCGCGCUCCCGUCCGAGCAUUGGCAGCCUACUAGGAGAGAGUAUUUCACCUGCUCGCCCGGGCCUAUGCCUUUGAAAAUCUGGAGACGGGAAGAGGCCAGCGAGCACAACUCCCCACAAAAUUCGCCACUAAGGUUCAUCGACGAGACUGGAAUUACUCAGGCCCAGUACUCCGAGCCUCAUGCUCAAAAGGACCAAGACUUGCCGGAGUGGGAUCCCGGCAUCGAUAGCGGACCAGCCACUGUGAAGGACUCCGCUACAACCACCUACUUGGGAGUCCAGCUCGAUCACGAUGUUGUUGGCCAGCAUCAACUUUGCAGGGAGACCUGUUUGGAAUCUGCCGGUAUUGAAGCAAUCACAUCCCCUAGACCAGGAUCAGAUGGUAGCAACAACCACGGAGGCUCCCCUAUUUCCCCGUCCAUUUCCCUACGCACGCCUGCAGUGACGACGCUUGAGACCGCCGUCCCGGUCUCAACCGAAGGCGAAGAGGGUUCAUAUCUCUUGCGCGCGAUGUUGAUGCGCCACUUCAUCGACCACCUGGCAGGCUGGUUUGACUUGAUCGACCCCGAGAGGUUCUUUGCGUGUACGGUGCCGGAAAGAGCAAAGACCAGCGCUCAGUUGAUGAACACGGUCCUCUGUGUGUCAGCGACGCAUCUCCUCUGUCUUCCCUACGAACAAAGAGCCCGACAUAUCAGUCGGCCGGCGGUGAUCAAUGACGAUGUAGCCAUCUACUACCACAACGAAUCCAUCCGCCCAUUCAUGGCGCUGACCACAGAUUCAACCGACAUUCACGACGAAAACCUUCUGGCGGCUACCGUCCUCCUAAGGUGGCACGAAGAGAUUGAUGCCCCGCGCCGGGCAGACGACGAAGAUCGAGAUCUUUUUCUGCGCGUCAAGAACCUGCUCGUCACCGAGCAAUUCCAGCAGGUAGGGUCGCCCAUGUUGCACGGGACAUCUGCACCUGCACAGCAGUCGUGGACGACAUCCGGCAUGACAACCGACGAUGGACCAGGACUCCGGCUCUCGCCAGGGUUUUCCCGGGGCAUUCGUCCACACAACCUUCGUGAAGCCUCUUUCUGGAUCGCCUUCCGACAAGAGAUCUACACGUGCUUCCUCAAAGAGCAGCGCUUUGAAUUGUCCCUGUCCAAUUGCUCCGCCUUUAGAUCGUUCGACCCGGCCGAGGACACUGUGUGGGCGAACAGACUGAUCGUCUUCUGUGCCGACUGCCUCGAAUUUUGUUACAGCUCUGUUGAAUGCCAGACCGGCAGGACAGCGACGCCCAACAUCCUGAAUUCUCCCAUGGUGGCCACGACUGCUCGUUGGGCGGCACUCAAACAGCAGGCAGAGCAGUGGGCAGCGAGUCUUCCAUCCAGCUUUGACCCGAUCUACUAUUCCCCGGCGAGGGAUCAUCCUCCUUGGUCCAACAUCUUUCCCGAGCUCUGGUAUCGGUCGGACUGCCACGUAAUAGGCCUCCAGCACCUCGGGAUCGCACAGAUUCUUCUCACGGUCCACGAUCCGACCCAGCCGAAGCUAGGACCAGCGGUUGCAACGAGUGCUCGCCAGAUCAGCCAAUCCGUACGCAUGAUUGUGAAGAAACUCUGCGGCAUGGCCCUUGGAAAUCCCAGGAUACCUCCCGCAACCGGACUGGCGGGCCUGGCCAUCGCGAGGGCUGGAGGACAUUUUGAGAACCGACGAGAACAAGAGGCUCUUCUCGGUAUGUUGGACGUGCUCCGUGUAGAGCAUGGCUGGACGAUUGGCAAUACUGUCGAAGACUUGAAGGCUUAUUGGGGAACAGCUAUCAGAUACGCCACCGACCGCGAAUGA